AGUAAGGAGACAAAAGAGUACAAAACACAACCGUCGCGGCAUCGGGGAGAGAGAAGGUAAAAAAAAAAAAAAAAAGGGGGAAAGAAAAAAUAAAUUCCAACGGUAGGGAUCCGGCGCGAAACACAAUUUUGCUUUCGAACUCCCUUCGAUUCGACGAAUCCUUAUUGGCGCCACCUUCCCCCGCCAAUUUUAUUUUUUUAAUCUCUCAUUCACUGUUCUAGGGUUUCAUGGCGGAGUCUGGAGCUCCAGGCACUCCUGAGAGCGUUCAUUCGGGCGAACAAGGCGGCGGUGGGAGUGCUGGGGGUUCUCAAUCGGCUAGUUCUGCAACGAGAGAACAGGACAGGUUCCUUCCCAUAGCUAACAUCAGUCGGAUCAUGAAGAAAGUUGUUCCCCAAAAUGGGAAGAUCUCCAAGGAGGCUAAGGAUUGUGUGCAGGAAUGUGUCUCUGAAUUCAUCAGCUUCAUUACUAGCGAGGCUAGCGACAAGUGCAACCGAGAAAAGAGAAAGACAAUCAAUGGAGACGAUUUGUUGUGGGCCAUGGCGACGCUAGGGUUCGAAGAAUAUAUUGAACCGCUCAAGUUGUAUUUGCAGAUAUACAGAGAGCAGAUGGAGGGUGACAGUAAGGUUCGCUCUGCUGAUCAGGCUGGAAGAAAGGAUGUUGUUUCAGUCCGUGGAGACUAGGUUACUCAGUUAAUGGUGCAGCAGGGAAGUGACUUCUUUCAUUGAGGGUUGUGAUUGGAUUGAUGGAAUGUGCACACUAAUUAGAUCUUGUUUGGGUUAUGUUCUCACAGUAAAUUCUAGUAGUGAUAGUUAUUAUACUUCAUCAGGUGAUGUGGAGGGCCAUCUGGUUCAGGAAACAGUAAUUGAUAGCAACCACUGGUAUUACUCUGCUAGUGGCAGGGGUCCCAGGAGGUCAUGGGAUCAACUUUCCUUCACCUGGGAGAGUGUUUUGCAAUUCAUAGUAUUAUAUUUGAUCACUCAUCACAUUUAUUGAAUUUUGGGUUCUAAAACACCACAAAAGUGAAUGUAGGGUUACAAUUACAUUGUUAAUAGGAUGCAGACGCUUGUCUUUUCCUUUUGCAAUUAGUCUAAUGACCUUUGGUUCAUGACUAAUUGGGUUUCAGUUGAA